AAAAAAGAAAAUUGCAUACCAGGCACAACCUUUGUACACACGCACGCACAUACACACAGAAACAUAGAAACACACACACACACACACACACACACACACAUACCCACAAAGCAAAACAAAAAGAUACUCAGAUAUACACACGUACGAGCAUCCAACAUACCUACACCAAACCUUUUUUUUUCUUCUCUCUCUCGUACACACACACGCGCGCAAAGAACCAAUUACAUUAAGACAAUGAAGCCGUCAACAUCAGCAAAGCUCAUGGACGGGCUCGUUUAUUUAGACGAUUAUGUUGACACAAUGGAGGCUCUUCCUUUGGAGCUUCAAAGAAACUUUACGUUGAUGAGAGAAUUGGAAGGCUACGCUCAAGAACUAUUGGAUUCCACUGCCAAGGGAGCUAUUGACCUAAUUGACAAUGUCAAGGAAAUGGAUCCCAACGAGAGAAUCGACAAACUUAAAAUCCUCAGUGGUUUUUUGAGCGAGACACUUAAAAGAGGCGAAGAAAAAGUAGCUCUAGCAAAAUCUACAUUCGACACGGCCGAGAAGAACUGUAACCGAUUAGAUGCGGACCUUGUAAAAUUUGAGGAUGAACAGGUGCUCGGAAUGAGUCGUGUUACUUCACAACCUGGGCUUGCACCUUCGGCUCGUAGUUUAAAGGAAAGCGCUGAUUUACGUGACAAGGCCAACAAAAGAUCGGAUAGAGAACGAAAAGACGGGAAAAGUGAAAAGAGAGAAGUGUUGGCUACAAAAAAACGAAAGACAGCAAAAGACAACGGAACUCCUCCUCCUGCAUCUUUGCGAGCCCAGACUCUUAAGGAUGCUAGGAUUAAGACACAGAUUGAAAAAGAGAAGCAGUCAAAAACAGCCAUGGGAACAAAUAAGAAUGGCAAUGGAAAGGCAAAAACCGUGGUGCCGGCUGACCUGUCUAUCGAUCCAAAUGAGCCUCUUUACUGUUAUUGUCAGCAAGUAUCGUAUGGGGAGAUGGUUGCAUGUGAUAAUACCGACUGUGAGAUUGAGUGGUUCCAUUUGGCAUGUGUUGAUUUAAAGACAGUACCAAAGGGUAAAUGGUACUGCAAUAACUGCUCUACCAAAAUGAAAGGCAAACAUAGAAAAAGUAUUAACAAUAGUAAAAAGAAGUAG